AUGACGAGUUUUGUCAAGCCCGAGAAUGCAUUGAAGCGUGCGGAGGAACUUCUCGACGUGGGCAAGCAGAACGAAGCCUUGGAAACGUUGCACCAUGCGAUCCUCCACAAGCGCUGGAAGAAUCAGUGGUCGCCAACCUUGGAAAAGAUUAUUGAACGCCAUCUUCAGUUGUGCGUCGAGCUUCAGAAGAUGCGGUUUGCACGGGAAGGUCUUCACCAAUACCGUGCUACAUGCCAAGCCGCCAACAUCCAAUCGCUGGAGCAGGUCGUGCGAGUUUUCCGGAAAGCUGCUGAAGAGAAGGUGAAUCAAGCGAAGAAGGAGCAGGAUGUGCGACUAGGCAAGGUGGCCGACUUGGAGGAAAUGGAUGCGCCUGAGACGAUCUUGCUGCAGGCCAUCCAAGCAGGGGACACGCGGCAGCAGAGCCAGGACAAGGAUGUGCACACUCACUUUCGCUUCCUGUGGGAAACCUACAAGGUCAUCUUAGAUGUGCUCAAGUCCAACAGCCGACUGGAGGAGGUCUAUCACGAGACUUCACGACAAGCUUUCGAGUUCUGCCGCGCCAAUACCCGCCCGCAGGAGUUCAAGCGCCUUUGUGACAUCCUCCGAAAGAACUUCACGGAUCUUUCCAAGCGAACUGGUCCGACAGGACAGAAUCCCGUACAGCCCAAUAACGUGGACACAAUCACCAAGACACUGGAGACGCGUUGCCGGCAAAUGCAAGUUGCCACGGAGCUGGACCUUUGGCGUGAGGCCUACAACACCUCCUCCGAGAUCUGUGAUCUCAUGACGGCCCUGGGAAAGGUGAAUCAGCGACCAAAGCCCCAUCUCAGGUCCAUGUACUAUGAGCAUCUCGGGCAGAUCUUUUGGAAGAGUGAGAACUACCUCUUCCAUGCCUUUGCCAGUUUGAAGAACGUCUUCUUCGUAAAGGGUGCCAAGCAGAACAUGCCCAAGAGCGAGUUGGAGCUCCUCGCAUCACGGGCAGUUCUUGCAAUGUUGUGCGUCCCGUUUCAAGAGAACUCGGACAUUCAGGCCUCCUUAGAGAUGUCCACAGACGGCUCGCACCAGUACGAGAAGGCAAAGAAAAAUGCCUUCCUCUUCAGUGCCCAGAGCGUGCCAACCCGUGAUUCCAUCAGCAGUCAGAUCACGGAGAAGAACUUGCUUAACCUUGCUGCAGAGCCUUGUGCCAAGCUCUUUGGCCUGGUGGAGUCCGACUUCACCCCGCUGUCGCUGUGUCAGGAUGCCAAACCCUAUUUGGACCAAAUCGCCUCCGAUGAGAUCUGCGAGGGCAAGCUCAAGGACUAUGUUAUCCCGCUGAAGCAAAUCAUUUUCUUCCGCUUGAUCAAGCAGCUUUCAGAGGUGUACGUGAGCAUGACCAUUGAGGAUUUUGAGAAUGCAGCUUCCAUCGUGCCGUUUAACAUUGCUGAGACUUGGAUGGCCAAUGCCUCACGUCAGCAAGGCAUCAGUAUUCAGAUCAACUACAUGCAGAAGGCUAUCAUCUUUGGUGCUCCAACCAAAGUCGAUAUGAAAAGCAUGCGUCAGCCUCUCAUCGAGAUUGGCUACAAGCUGCAGCAGGCCAUGCAGUGCGUGGCACAGGAAGAGUUGCAGAGGAAGGACAAGCUAGAGAAGCAGCAUCUUCUCACGAACAUCAAGGAAAGGAUGGAGCAGGAGACACGAUCCAUCCGACAGCGCAAGGAAGAGAUCGAGAGGCGAAAGGAAGAGAGUGAGCGUCGCAAGCAGAUCUUGGAGAGAGAGGCCAUGGAGAGGCAGCGCAAGGAAGAAGCUUUGGAGGCCGAGAAAGAGCGCCGCAGGCAGGAGGAGGAGCGCAAACGCCGCGAGGUCGAGAAACAGGAGCAGCGCAAGAAGGAGGCUGAGCUGCAGAAGAACAUGGAAAUGCUGGAGCAGAUGAAAAAGCAAGCCGAGCAAAAGGCCACAAAUCUCAAGGUCGCUGGCAAGAAGAUCACGGAGAUUGAGGCUGAUGACCUCACCAACAUCAGUUUCGACCAGAUCGAGAAGGCCCGUGAGGCCCAGGUGCUAAAGGAGCGCCAGGACAAGAUCCGCCAGCGCAAAGCCGAGAGCAAACGUGUGGAUCACCUAGCCCGUGCCUUGCGCGAGGAGGAGAGUUCGUUGCUGAAGCAGUGGUCUGUGGACGUCGAGAAGGUCGAUGCUGAGCAGUUGGAGAAGUUCGAAAGCGCAAAGCAGGAGGAGCAGCGCAAACAGCAUGAGAACUUGCUGAAAGAAAAGCAAGAGCUACUGCCGUUCCAGCAUGUGAAGGACAGCUGGGCCGAACAGCAGCUGGAACCAAGACGUGCAGAUUGGGAAGACAUGCGCGAGGCGCAGAUCCACAGACUGACGAAGAAGGUCGUGCAGAACAAGAUUGCCCGCGCCAUGCAGCGCCGGGACCAACAUGUCAAGGAGGAGAAUGAUGCCAAAGAGAAGGAGAAGCGCCGCCAGCAAGAAGAGGAGCGACGUCGCCGGCAGGAGAUCGAGGAGCAGGAAGAGGCAGAGCGACAGGAGCGCCUGAAGCAAGAGCGCGAGGAGAAGCGGGCCGCCGAGGAAGCUCGCAGAAAAGAUGAAGAAGAACGCCGCGAGCGGGCAGAAGAGAAACGACGAGAACGCGAGCGCGAGAUUGAGGAGAGGGAGGCUCAGGCGGCAGCGAACAGGCGCGCAGGCGGUGCAGGCGGUGCAGGAGGUGCUGCUGCAGGAGGCGCAGGUGACAGCUGGCGCCGCGGAGGGGAUGCUGCGAGGGAUGCCCCAAGUACCCGCGAAGAUUGGCGCAAGAGAGGCGAGCCUGCCGAGGAAGGCCCGCGCCGGCCGGCCGGCGGGAGGACGCCGCAGACCCGUGCUGACGAGGACAACUGGCGUCGGCCAGCUGCAGACGAGCCCAGGGGAGAUGCUGCCCCGGAGCGCAAGGAGCCCUGGCGCCCCUCGCGUGCCAAGGGUGAGGGCCGCGACGGAGAAAACCCAGGCCCUUGGCGGCCCUCGCGCGGCAAGGGCGAGGGCCGUGAGGAGCGCGACGAACCAAGAGGCGGGAAGGGUGGUGGCGCUCGUGGCGGCGAUGAUGAAGGGAGCUGGCGCCGACCUCCUGCCGGAGGUGGCCGCAGCGACAACAUGGACACCUGGCGGCGCGAUGAAGCGCCGAGAAGGCAAGGUUCACAGCGUGAGGAGGAUGGUGGAUUCCGCCGCUCCGACUCCCGUCGAGAGGAGAAGCCCGCGGACGAAGGACCUCGCCGGGCUCCACCUCGCGAGGAAGCUCGCGCGCCUGCACGCGAGGAACGCCCAGCGCCCGCCCCAGAGCCUGCCGCACCUGAGCCAGCUGGGGGAGGCGAUGAUGAUGAAGGCUGGGGCGUCGUUGCUGGGAAGAAGAAGCGUGGGAAGGCGGCUGGUGGUGGUGAGGCACCGGCUGAGGAAUCGGAGUGGCGCACACAGGCCCCCCGCCGCGGCGGCGGCAAAGGAAAUGGAAAUGCGGGCGGUGAAGAGCAGAGGCCUACACCCCCGUGGAAGGCCAACAAGAAAUGA